AUGGCUCCGCCGUCUCCGCCGUCUCCGCUCCUCGGCUCCCCGGCGUCGAUCGUCCUCCUCCUCCUCGCCUUCUUCCAAGGCCCCGUGGCGGGCGCCAUCACGUUCACCUUCGCGAACCGGUGCACGGACACGGUGUGGCCGGGGCUGCUCUCGGGCUCGGGCUCGCCGCCGCUGGAGACGACCGGCUUCGCGCUGCCGCCGGGGCAGUCGCGCUCGCUCUACGGGCCCACGGGCUGGUCGGGCCGCUUCUGGGGCCGCUCCGGCUGCGACUUCGACGGGCGCGGCAAGGGCACCUGCGCCACGGGGGACUGCGGGUCGGGCGAGGUCGAGUGCCGCGGCGCCGGGGCCACCCCGCCCGCCACGCUCGCCGAGUUCACCCUCGACGGCGACGGCGGCAAGGACUUCUACGACGUCAGCCUCGUCGACGGGUACAACCUGCCCAUGCUCGUGCAGCCGUCCGCGCCGGGCUGCCCCGACACCGGCUGCCUCGUCGACCUCAACGAGCGCUGCCCCUCCGAGCUCAGCUCCGCGGGCGGCCGCGCAUGCCGCAGCGCAUGCGAGGCCUUCGGAAAGCCGGAGUACUGCUGCAACGGCGCCUACGCGACCCCGGACACGUGCCACCCCUCCCAGUACUCGCAGCUCUUCAAGAACGCAUGCCCAAAGUCCUACAGCUACGCCUACGACGACGGCACAUCCACCUUCACCUGCAACCACACCGAUUACACCAUUACCUUCUGCCCACAGUCAAAUCCAAACAGUGGAAAAGGUAAGCAUGCGUUGCGGAGGCCGAGCCAUGAGCAGCUCGAAGACGACGUGUGGCUGGGGAGCUUGAAGAAAACCAGCGGCGCCGGUGCUCUCGGCGCCUCGUCAUGGUCGACGUCUAGAGCUUUCCAGGCCACCCUAGCAAUUGCAGUGGUGAUCAUGCUUUCCAUAGCACAGGCACAUCCUCUCUUUGGGUUUCUAUGACCGGGCAAGGUAGGCGAUUCUUCAUCUGUAGGAGCGAUCCGAAUAGUUGUUCUCGGAUCAGAGCAAUAGGGGAGGAGACGCGGAGAGCAUGUUCUAUAGGCCUUUUUGCUUGUUGGUCAAGAAUGUGAGGCGUCCUCAAGUUCCAAUUCUAGGUGUUCUGCUAGUAGUAUUUCACAUUGCUUUGUUGCCUUUUCAAAAACAUUGUUCUCUGAAUUAUAUAUAUUCUUUUUUGUGCA